UAUCAAUGAGGCGCAAAAGAGCGUGUGUCUAUAGAAGCUCGCAGACAUCGAGACCGCAGCGCGCAACGGUGACAGUACGCGUUGGAGAGCUCCUUUAUCCUGACAUCACAGAGACUGAAGGGGGCAAAGAGAUAUUGUUGUGGCAUAAUAUUGACUGUUUAGAGAUCUCGACUGUUGGAUUGGAGUAUUGAGCACAUACCGGAGGCUGCUUGAGCUUGUUGACAAACUGUUGGGGAUGAAUCGCUGUACAGCCGCUUUACUUUUGCUAGUCAUUGCUGUUUCUUCGCUCAGCACAGAGGCAUAUAAGUGCAGAUGCACACGGAAAGGCCCGAAGAUUCGAUACAAAGAUGUGCAAAAGUUGGAGAUUAAGCCUAAACAUCCAUACUGCCAAGAAAAGAUGAUUUUUGUCACCAUGGAGAAUGUGUCCCGUUUCAAAGGUCAGGAAUAUUGCCUGCACCCUAGACUCCAGAGCACUAAGAACCUUGUCAAGUGGUUCAAAAACUGGAAGGACAAGCACAGGGUGUACGAGGCUUAAACAUUAUAUAAUAUGCAGAAGGCUGAAAACAUUGUGGGAUGCACUACACUACCAGUGAACUGUGGAUGUCCAGAGGACCAAAUUUUCGAGUGCAAAAAUGCAUACACCCAGACAAGCUUACCAGUCCAUUUAAUUUAUAUUAAUGUGUAAUCAUUUAGAGUCAAAAACAAUAAAAGUAUGAGCCAGAUGUGUCAGUUUGCUCAGAGAAACGUUUCUGUGAAUCAGCACCAUCUGUAAGAAGUGAUCAUUUAUACAAUGUUUUCUGAAGUGUCAGUCCUUGCUCUGGAUUUAUUGUGUUGUUUCGUACAAAGGAGUCCUGACACUUAUAUUAGGAUAAUGUCUGGCUUGAAAACACAUCGUGACAUACUAUCCACAAGUGUCAAAGUAGAAAAACUGUCAAAUAGGUUUCUCUUAUUUUUUGGCCUCUUGUAGAUAAAGACGGAUUUGUGAUCUUAAUGUUCCCACCACACUAAAAGAACAGAAAUACUGGAGAUUGUGUAAAUAAUAUCUACAGAGAUAUGCCAACAUUUAAAUGGUAAACAUGAUUUUCCAUAAGCAUUUGGCUGUCAAAAGUCAUUAGACUCUUAGCCAUGCUCAUGCGUGAGGAAAUUUAUUUCGCAGUUUUCAGGUCAGUACUAUAUGGUAAAAAUGUGAUGCAAUAUGAAACAAUAUAAACCAUUUCAAUCAUAUUGUACCUUUACUCUAUAUCUACACACAUUACUCAUCACUGGGCAUACAGUAUACUGUCACAUUACAAGCACACGAGCCUGCAGUGAAUCAUGUGUUUAACAUGAAGCUUUCUUUAUAAUACUGUCAUUCCUGUCAGCACAUUAUGAACUACGUGUGCGUCCUCUAUGAGAUGUGCAGUUUUUGUAAGCUAUUGUUACUCUUAUUUUCUUGUCUCUUCUUGUACAUCAAAUUGUAUUUACUGAAUAAGCACAUAACAUAGGUUCUUGUGUAUAAACCACCUUGCCUAGUCUAGCUUGUUCAGAUUUUCUUAGUGAGGCCUAUAUAUUGUAUGACAGAAUUGUUGUUUUACUAUUUAAAUUAUAAAUCAUAGAAAUGGUUGAGUCUUUGUGUUUGGAAUGUCCUACCAAACAAAACUUAAAAUCCAAGAAGUGUAAUCUUCCCAGCACAGCAAUAAAUAUUUCAAUAAGUCCAA